AUGCUUGCAAAUAAUAAUUUGAAUCUUGUUUCAGCAGUAUACGUGUUGUCAUUUGUGUCAACCGUUUACGGACAGCCAAUACAUUUUCCUCAAAUUAGUGCCGUAAAGAAAAGAGCAGAUAAUCUUUUGGACAGAAUACAAGACGCUGCCAACGGAGUUUUUUAUGGGACGAAUCAAACAUCAUCAAGGGCCUCUGAGUCGGCUUCUUCGUCAUCUCCAUUCACGGAGAUUUCUAGUAGCACAGCACCAGAUAACGAGGAUUCACAAGGCUCCGCCACUUCACAAGAUGAGGGAAGAAUUAGUAACAACAGAGCAACUGAUGGAAGCAGCAACAGCAACAGCAACAGCAACAGCAACAGCAACAGCAACAGCAACAGCAACAGCAACAGCAACAGCAACAGCAACAGCAAUGGUAACAAUGGUCGUUUCAGUCCAUUCACUUUUGCUGACAGUAGCAGUACACACGAUGGUACAACAACUCCAACAACAGGUGUAACAUCGACUGCAAGCGAAGAACAAGGUACAACAACUCCUACAGCUGGGGCAACAUCAACAACAGCAGCAGUAGCAAGUGACGCACAACAAGGUACUACGACUUCUACAUCCGGAACAGCAGCAGCAAGUGACACCAAUCAAGAUACAACAAGUUCGGCUCAAAACACAUCUCCAAGAAAUCAGCCUUUUUACCCAACUACUUCCUCAACGGCACUGCAGGAGGAGAGCUCACCCACACAGCAAACUCCACAGACAUCGUCAUCCAGCAAUGGUCAAACUACAACACCCGGAAAUGACCAAACAACCUCAUCAGCAAACAGCGCUCCAUUAGUCUCCCCUUCAUCUUCUGCUUUUACCGCUGCAGAGGCUCCAAGUAGUAGCGAUGCCACAGUGAAGGCUUCUUCUUCCUCACCCACUGGAAAUUCUGGAACAUCACAAGCAGGAUCUGGAUCAACAGCUGUUCAGGAUACUUCGUCAAGCGAGCCGAGUCCUGGAACUCUGGCCGGUAAUAAUUUUGCUUUAUCACAACCAACUAGUUCUGCUGGUACUACUUCGUUAGUUGAACCCACAGAGUCAUCGCUUGAAUUAUUCCCUGCCGCAGGAUCUAGUGUCAGCACCUCAUCAUCGUCUAGUACCGUACAAGCUGCAACUACAUCAUCGUCCAAUUCUCAAGGAGUGUCGCAGGCCGGUGAUGCGAGCUCGUCGUUGGUUGCUCCCUCGUCGUCGUCAUUUUCCAGUUCAUUAGCAUCAAAUCCUGCUGCAGAAUCUUCGUUCAACGCACAAACCGCAACAAGCUCGCAGGGUGAAUCAGCUCAAGUGGCUGCUACUCAAGAAUCUACAGCUGCACCAUCAUCUGGACUGACUUAUCCAGCUUCCAGUUCAGGAGAAGGAGCACCAUCAUCUGGUCUGUCUACUACGACAUCCUUGGUAUCAGCAUCCGAUGCAACCUUUGCCCAAUCUUCAUCAUCAUACGACACUUCUUCCAGUUCAGUUGUAUCGCAAGGUAGUUUUGCUGCUCAAACUGCAUCGACUGCAUCAAGUUCAGCUUCUUCUGAAUUAACAUCACAAGUCCAAUCCAGCACAUCCUCAAUCUAUGGACUGGCUUCUUCUUCUGCCUUGGUUGAACCUUCGACGUACUCGCCAGGACCAAGUAGUGUUGGAAGUGUCGAUUCAGUGACUCCACUCUCUAGCUAUGCACCAAGUUCUCCAACUGCGUCAACACCAUCAUCAUCAUCAUCAUUAUCGUCAUUUGCAGCUCAACCACUAUCUACUCUGUCUGCUGAAACAUUGAGCACUGCUUCACCAUCCGACGCACAGGUUUCAUCAACAAAUGUCCCAUUUGGAUCACUGCAAUCUUUUGAAGCUACUUCAUCCACCUCGUUAGCAUCCACACCCGCAGAGACAUCAGUCGCCUCACCAGUGGCCACUUCCUCCACCGAGUCAUCAACGCAAGGAUCGGUUGGGUCACAAGUAGUUACAUCAGCUACAUCAGCUACAUCAGCUACAUCGGAAUCAAUCUCUUUAAUUGCUACAUCGGCUGAACCUACAUCGGAAUCAUUAGUUUCUCCAGUAUUGACUUCGACUGCAUCAUCUUCUGAUUCAAUUGUUGCACCUGUGGUAUCAUCGGAGGUGCCUACCACAGAAGCCACAUCUACUGGGGUCACUUCCUCCGCUGAACUUUCAUCAAGCCAGUCACUUGUUUCACCGGUUAUUACAUCCGCUGAACUCUCGACGGGGUCUCUUGCAUCGCUGGUAGGUGAAUCUUCUGUGCCAUCGAUUUCAUCGCUGACUGCCUCACCAGAACCACUUUUGCAAUCGCAAGUCACAUCAUCCUCAGCGCCAUUAGAGACAGAACCAUCUUCCACAACUUCAUUGGUUUCACCUAUUGAGUCAGGUUACAUUUCAACUCCUGCCGAGCUGGUUACAUCUUCACAGGUUUUAGGAUCUCAGGCUAGUAGUUUGCCUGAUACAUCGAUUGGAGUAACUAGUAGUGGCAUUGAACAAACUGCACCACUUACUGAAUCCUCAGCAACCGAAUUGGUAUCGCCUUCAGUGCAGGUUGACUCAUCUGCCACUUCAGCGACAGCUAGCGUGGCAACGGGGCCAGGUGUUGAAUCAGCGUCAGAAACUGUACCGCCUGCCAGCAGUAAUCUUGCUAGUCAGUCAAAUGAAGUCGGCUCUGAAAUUCUUGCUACGUCAUCACCUCAAACCUCAUCCGGAUCAGAAGUGUCAGAGGUUCCUGCAGCCUCUUCAGCAGCUGCUUCUGCCUCGUCUCAAAUAACAUCAGCACCAGUUUCUUCACCAGCAUCUGUGCCGGCUUCUGCACCAGCAUCUUCUGCUGCUUCCGUAGCUCCAGCUGAAUCUGCAAGCGCAAGUACUACCAACAACUGGCUACCAUCAUCAUUGAUUGUUGCACUGAGCUCAAGUGAUGACACAACGGAAACUGAUAGUAGUCGUACUAAGCCAACCAGUACUUCUUCGCUAAGUUCUGGAUUACCAAAAGCCAUUGCACCUGCAUUAGCCAACACCCCAAGUGAGAACUAUGGUAUCGUUACAAUUGGUUUCAAAUCUGCGUUGAACUACCCUUUUGUUGUUAACAAUACAAUCACGUCAGCUCAAAUAUUCGAGUACUUACCAGGUGUUUUGACUUUCCCAUUUGAUGACGACAAAAAAUUCAACGAAACCAUUGUUAAGGAAUUGAUUCCUUACCAGGCUGCCAAUAUUGACUACACAAUCACUGUUGCAGAAGUUUACUUCCCAACAACCACAAUCAACAAAUUGAAGCAAUUAAUCAACGACGGAGACUCUGCAUUAUACAACAAUCCAAGCGGAGUCGAGCAGACGUUGGCCUCGUUGAUUGAUCCUAGAAUACCCUUGACCGGGUUGGUAGACACUAGUGAUCUGGGUUCAGACUCAUCAUCCAGUGAAAAUGGACAAACUAACAAGUAUGGAUCAAUGGAUGCAGAUUACAAUGGACAAAGGGUCACCAACAAGGGAAAAAUUGCAGGUAUCACUGUUGGAGCUGCUGCCGGUUGUGGUUUGUACAUGUCGCUCAUGAUUCUUUUGUUUAGAAGAUUCAGGAAGAACAUCAAAAACAUUGAAUUACCACCAACUGACACUGAAUCUGAAUACACAAUGUCUAGUGAGGGUUCAUCAAUGACGGGGGGUUUCAGCAGCACUGCUGAGUCUAGAGCGAAUACAUCUGCAUCUCCGUUUGAUUUCAAUUAUGGAAAUCUAAAUAUACCGCUGCCGGACUAUCCAGCACCACAAUUCCAGGUCGAUGAUGAGGUCAGUGCUUAUCAUCCACAAUAUCCUACUUACCAACCCCAAUACCCACCACAAGUGCAACAUAUGGAUAGCAGGAACAAUUUCGUAUGGCCUUAA